GAGAUUGAACCUACUGUUAUUACUUGCCUCUGUGAGACAGCCUGGAAGUUAUCAUAUAAGGGUAGCUAAUAAAAAGAAAAAAUGGGGUGCAUUUUGAGAGAAUAAUCAGCAUAGAAGACAAAAAGUGACCUAGUAAGGAGUCUGGUUGUAUUCAGACCACCCAAUAGGAAAACAUCCCAGAUCUGAAGAUUAUGAAGUGUCUUGGCAGGGUGGUUUUGCCCUGGACCUUUUAUAGGGAGAGAAAGAUAAGUUUGAGGUGGGGAGAUUUAUAAUUGGGGUUGUUUUACAAUCAGGGGGAAGUCUCAGUCAGUUGGCUGAAUAGGACAUGUUUAUUUUUGAAUGUAGCUACUUUUGAGGAGACAAACCAUUCUAAUCUCAGGUAAACAUUUUUGAAACAAAAAAUGGGGAGUUGGAUGGUCUGUGUCUGGCCAUGUCAGCAAGUAUGGGCAAAAGAGGAAGGGUCUGUGUUUAAUGUGUCAUGGGUAAGCAAGAGAACCAGGUGAAAUUUUCUGGAAGUUGGGAGAUAGAAGGGGCAGAGAGUCUUAUCUAAGGCAUAUGGGAAAGGUAGUUCUUUGUGGUAAUUCAUUUCCAAGAACACAAAACAGUGGGGGGAUGUCUUAACCAUUGCUUUUUUCUGGGAACACAGGCUAAGAUAGAGUUCAGCCUUGACACAGAGAAUAUGGAGACUGAGUUCUGAGUCCUGUCUUUGCCACUAACUUCCAAGAGAACCACAGCUUCCUCAUCACUAAAAUUAGAAGGAAUGAAAAAAGCAAUGAUUCAUUCAGUGCAUUUCAUACCCCAAUCUUCUGGAAGUCUCUGGAAGAGCUGUUCCUGACAAGGACACUUGGACUAAAGAUUGAGACAGUUUACAGCUUGAUCAACUUGCCUGCUCCUGGCGAGAUCAUUCUGCCAUGAAGGAUUUUCUCAUCGUCGCUCUCUUGAGUGCAGCUGGAGCUGUUUUGGCUAAAGACUCUAAAGAUAAUCAGGAGUCAUCAUACAAUUUUACUAUUCCUUACAUGGUCUAUCUUCAGUCCUUCCCAGAACCCUGCGUGGGGUCUCUCAUUCACCCUGACUGGGUAUUGACAGCUGCCCACUGCCCCUUGCCUGUUGAAAUCCGACUGGGAGUUUCUCAACCUAGCAUCACAAAUAAGAAACAACAGAUACGAAACUAUUCAUCAAUUGUGACCUACCCUGACUUUGAUGCAAAAUCCUUGAACAAUGACCUAAUGAUGAUCAAACUGUCAACACCUGCUUCACUCAACUCCCAUGUGGGGACUAUAGCCAUAGCCUUGGAACCCAUUCCAUUUAAUGAGUCCUGCUUUAUUCCAACCUGGACCUGGAAUGAAUAUAAAAACCUCAGUGAUCCUGACAUCCUGAUAUGGAUCAACCAAUAUUCUCUUCCAUUCCAUGACUGUCAGGAUAGACUCAAAGAAGAACAGGCAGGAAACAUCAUUUGUGUGGGACACCCUCUAAGGAUCCUAUCUGAAAACAAGGAAGUUUCGGCAGCCCCAGCCAUCUGCAAUGGGAGGUUGCAUGGAAUCUUGUCCUGGGCAGAAGGAAGCGUCACCCUAGGAAGUGAAGGAUUCUUCACAGGUGUUCAUCACUAUGCAAGAUGGAUCUUGAAAAUUAUGGAUACCCACUGAGGCGCCUCUGUUCCCAUAUCCCCUCAGUACCACCUCUUCAUAAUUUCUACACUGGAUCUACAACUCUCUUCAUCUUUGUUAUUUUGGAACAAAAUCCAAAGAGGAAACAUCUGAUUUAAAAAAAAUGAGUGGCUAAGAACCCAUGCCAUGACUCCU